AUGGCAACCGAUCAGACUGGGUUGCAUCCGCAACAGCGAGUCAUUGACAUAAUCACGGGAUUUUACAUGGAAUUGGCAAACCCUAGCGAUAAAAGAAACAAACCCCGCAGAACUCGGGUUGUUAUUGGUCGGCUCAAGGGAAAACACGAUUGCGUGUGGGCCAAGUUAGGAGGUGGGGGUGCUCUGGAGUACUACGCCGCACAAUUCGACAACAGUGGCGAGCCCGUGGAAGAAAAUGUUUCUCGGAAUCCGGUUAGAACUACCUCUGACGCGAUUGAACUGCUUCCCUCGAUUCAGGAUUUUGCCUCAUGUCCUACCGAGAUUGAGGAAGAGAUACGGCGCCGACUAGAAUACGUACGCGUAAACGGUCAGGACGAUCCCAGCUGCAGCAUUGACAUGCCACCUAUCGCCCCGGCCUCGACACAGAGUGUCUUACAGAUGAACGUCGCGAGCAGUCCUAGCACAUAUACACCACAUACAUCAACGCCCACUCAAGGAUGCGUGGUUCAUGAGGCAAACUUGCCAUCUGGUGUAGCCCAGCUUCCGCGUUUCAAGGCCCGGAUCGGCGGCAAAGGUCACCGAUUGAUCGGCGAACUGAGAGAUGGAACUUCCCCCGCCGGUGAGAGGAACGCAGUUUCAAUAACUGUUGGUUGUAAAAGAAACAGGCCUCGAAUCUGGGUUGAGUCAUGCAACAUGAAGAACGAAAACCUCGAGAAGCCCGAUAAAUUCGGCGGAGUGAAUGCUAGAGACGCUGCUUCGCCGAUCAAAAAGCUUACUGAAAGUAUUUCAUUCCUCCCAGUCUUGGGUGAAUUUGCGGACCAUCCCGAACGCCUUUGGCCGGCUUUCAAGCAGCACCUUGCUCGAGAGUAUCUAGCCGCGAAUCCCACCGGCAAUGCGUCCACAACGUCUGCUGACGAUAGCAUUCAGCAUGGAAACCCCGACAUUGAUGAAGACAUGGAUAGCGGUCACACAGACACCACCGACACUCUCUGAACUAUGGGUACUUUUCAGGGUACUAUUGCUCGGGAACCUGCUGACAUUCAGCAUUGAUCUUUUCAGACUGCUAGCGCAUUGAAAAGUUGCUGGCACUUCACACGGCAUUACCACUUUUCGGACUACCUACCAGCACUAUUGAGAAGCUGCUGAGAUUUUCUCAUGGCACUACCACUUUCGGGGCUAUUGAGGAGAUGCUGAAGUGGUAGCAUUGGCACGACGGCAUUGGCACGGACCGCACGGCAGGGUAUGUUUAUUGGAUCGAGGGGCGUAGAUAAAUUGAGCAAACGAUGGCAGGACCCAACACCAUCAUAUCUUCCUGUUUUCUUUUCUCUUUUUUCUUUUUUCUGGGCGACUUUCCGGUAUUAGCUAUAGUCACUCUUUCAACAUACACUUUCAGCAUGAGGUACAGUCACUCUCUAGCACAAAAAGCACAGAACCGACUCUGGAGGUUCAAAUUACACUCGUU